CCUCCUCCUCCUCUACCUCUCCUCUCCUCCAGCAAGCACACGCUUGCUCAGACUCCUGCCAUCUGAUGCCGACUGGAUGCAGAGCGAAGAUUUCCAAGCAGUCUGUCUCCUCCUUCUUUCCUUCUUCCCCUAGCAGCGAGAGCUUCUCCUCUUCUGCUUCCUCUCCUCCCCCGGCUGUUAACUACAAGGAUGUGGCACUCCAUGGCUCUGCUCCUCUCUGGAUUCUCCGCUUUGAUCAACGUGUCGUUGCAGGGGCCUCACCAGAGGACACUGCUGAAGAACCUUCUGAAGGACUACAACCGGAUGGAGCGGCCUGUUGGCAACGACUCUCACCCUCUUACCGUCUUCUUUACCCUCAGUUUGAUACAGAUCAUGGAUGUGGAUGAGAAGAACCAAGUGUUAACCUCCAACAUGUGGUUACAGAUGAGUUGGUUCGACCACUACCUCCAGUGGAACCAGAGCGAACACCCUGGAGUGAAAAACCUCCGCUUCACCACAGAUCAGAUCUGGACGCCGGACAUCCUGCUCUACAACAGUGCAGAUGAUGACUUUGACUCCACCUUUAAGACUAAUGUUCUGGUGAACUCCAGCGGCUUUGCCAAGUACCUGCCACCUGGAAUCUUUAUGAGCACAUGCAACGUGGAUGUUCGCUGGUUUCCUUUUGACAUUCAGAAAUGUGAGCUAAAAUUCGGCUCCUGGACCUACGACGGCUGGCUGCUGGACCUCCAGAUGACCGACGCUGACAUUUCAGGCUACAUGCCCAACGGAGAAUGGGACUUAAUUGGUGUCCCUGGCACCAGAAAUGAGGUCUUCUAUGAUUGUUGUAAGGAGCCGUACCCAGAUGUGACUUUUGUUAUAACGAUACGGCGGCGGACUCUCUACUACGCUCUGAACCUGCUCAUCCCAUGUGUCCUGCUUUCGUCUAUGACUCUGCUAAUCUUUGUGCUGCCAGCCGACUCCGGGGAGAAAAUCUCACUGGGUAUUACCGUGCUGCUGUCGCUCACCGUUUUCAUGCUCCUGGUGGCAGAGAUCAUGCCCGCCACAUCUGACUCCGUCCCUCUAAUAGGUCAGUACUUUGCCAGUAUCAUGAUCAUCGUUGGGAUGUCGGUCAUCGCCACCGUGGUGGUUCUACAGUAUCACCACCACGACCCAAACGGGGGAAACAUGCCCAAAUGGGUGCAGCUCGUUUUGCUGCAGUGGGUCGCCUGGUUCCUGCGGAUGAAACGCCCGGGAGAGAACGAUGACCCCGAGCGUCCUCCCUGCGCUCCCAACCUGCGACGCUGUUCCUCGGGAUCGCAAAGUGGAAGCAUCCCCAACCCUCCGGACCCCACCCUCCACCCGCUGCACCCACAGAACCUGACUCCUCUCCAGACUGGACCCCUUCACGCGGGGCACCCCCACCUGCACACUCAGUCCAGUGCCAACAACAAUGGGAACCUUCUUUACAUGGGCUUCCAGAGCAUCGAGGACUCGUCGGUUCUCUCGGAACCGGUCCAGAGGAAUAACAUCACAGGACCUCCACGAGUGGCAGGAAGUCCACCUCCCCACUUGCCCUCUCAGUUCUGCAGCUCCCCACCCCCUCCGGAUACCAUGGGGUGUCCCAGCACUGUCUCAAGUGGUGGGGGCUUUGGUGGUGGACCGGGAGGACUUGGAGGGUGCUCGACUUCAGGGAUGGGAGACCCGCAGCUGCAGGCCAUCCUGGAGGAGGUUCGUUACAUGGCAGACCGCUUCCGGGAGCAGGAUGAGGCCGAGAGCGUGGCCGACCAGUGGAAAUUUGCGGGAGCUGUGAUCGACCGCCUGUGUCUGGUGGCCUUUAGUGUUUUUAACAUCAUUUGCACCAUCUCAAUCCUCAUGUCUGCGCCCAACUUUGUGGAAGCGGUUUCCAAGGAUUUUGUUUGAAAGCAACAGAAACAAGAAGAGAAACUGGAAGGAACAGUUGAAGCAAAUAAUAAAUAAAACGUAGAGUGAAAUGGGCCACGAUCCAAGGAAACACAAUUUCUAGCAAACUGUACGCUCUGUGAGUUCAAGGAUCCGGGAAAGCAUUAAAAAACAAAUGGUUUUCUUUGCAAUACAUUCUGUUUUGUAACCUAAAAUAGAAGAAACCAGAUGAUUGAGGAAAUACAGAGUGAAGUUUAAAUGAAAUUAGAGACCCCGGGGUGCUUUAUCAGAUCCUUGACUAGAAGAAAUGGAUUUUUGUGGCCAAUUCAGUAUUUUUUUUUCUUUUUAAAAAAGAAAAAGAGGAGUCAGAAAUAGAGGAUUUAGUCCCGCUCAGCCUGAGGUAAGAAGCAUUUUGAAUCAGGGCCGACAGAUAGACAGACAGAUAAAACUGACAGAUUUGUGGCCGUUUUAUUGUCUUAAAGAGGGAAGACAGCUCUUUACUCCCACAUGUGGGGGAAAUACUGCAUCAUUUAUAGUGAUGUGAGGACGAGAAGGUGGAGAGAGGCUUUUACAAGGACACAAAACUACUGUAAGAGCUGCCUUAAAGGACCGACACCGUUCCCCCAGUGAUUCUGGCAGAUUUAGAGUCAAGAAGCAGCUCGAUGCUCGGAUGCACAAAAAGUUGACCGAAGAUCGAGCGCGCCGCCUCGCACGGGAGCUGGAACGGAUCUCAUCUGUUAUUUAAUCACGUUCAUCUAAUGACCGUCAAAAUGAAAAGACCUUAGGAUAAUCUUUAAGACCAUUAAGCUUUUGGAAGAUGAAUCCCCUUCUCUACUUGUGAGCCACUUUGAAUUUCCAGGGCCUUAUCUCUACGAGACGAUCGCCAAUCAGAAGAGAUCAGAAGCUCGGCGGCAGCUUGCUCGGUGUGCAGCGGCUCGUCCCGACCCGGAAACCGAAUUAACCGGUCAUCAGCAUGGCUGGGGCUUGUUGCUGCACUGAUGUGGAGAGGAUUCAUGGGGCCAGCUGCCUAACUGAAUCUGGCAGGUCAUAAUGGAUCAACGAAACUCACUGGAUUUCACAUUAAAGGUUUAAUAACUCGGACGGGAGGUCAGGACUUUAAAAGGACACGAGAGGCAGCAGGAGGAAGGGGGGGGGGGGGGUCAUUUAAGAAGCAGCCUCCCAAUAAAUUUCCCUCAAACCCCUCAGCUAGUUUACAGCGUGAUGAGCGAGCUGAUGAAGGAGGAGUAAAAUUUGAUUUAAAAAAUGUUAAACAGACUCAGGCUGAUCAGAGUUUAGAUUUAUACUUAAGAUAAUUAUUUCUUUGACUUGUUUGGAUUUUAUUGAACUAAAACGACUCGUGUCUCUGCUGGCAGUUUGGAUGCUAAAUUAGCUUAACACACACACGCACACACACACACACACACACAACGGUUGGUGGCAGGAUGCAGAUACAGAUGGUGAAAUCUGUGCACUAAAUGAUGAUUUUAACAAUUCCCACAGUGGAAUGGAACGGUAACAUUUCCGAAAGAAGAACUACGAUCCAAUCUGUUGGAAUUUAAAGAUCCCAAAACACUUUGUUGUUUGGGGAGUUAAUGGGGCAGUAAGAACGAGGUGAAUAAAAAAAAUGGGAUUAGCAGCAGGAAUUCCCGCACCUCGGUGUGAAUACUAAACAAAAGUAGACAGCAGAAUGUAUGAUUGCUUUUAAAUGCCAGACAGAUAGCUGGGUUUUUACGGAGGCUCCUCCUCAUCCUGACUCAUAAGAGCGUCUCCUGAUCGCCUCUACCCUUAAGACUUUCCAGGCUGGUCCCAUUGAGAAGAGAUCCUCUUAGGCCUGCCUUGGGAUCACCCAGGAAGAGCUAGGAGGAGGGAUGGUUGGGUUUUCUCAUGGAUCUGUUACUUCUGUGAACAGACUUACGAUAAGUGACAGAAAAUGGAUGAAUGGGGUUUUAAGUUGCCAUAGCAAUUCUUCUUCAUCCUAAUAAUGGUUUUAGUGUUCAUGUAUAAUUUAUCACCAUGUUCCUAAGCUAUAAUGUUGUCAUAUUCCACUGCUUAGCCUAUGAUUUGUACCAUGGGGACAGCAUCCCUACAAACAACACCCAGACUGUCCUCUCCGAUGGAUCCUAAGCUUAUCCUGGGUCAGCCCAGGGUCACAGAUUGGUAGGAUAUGCCUGAAACAUCUUCCCAGGGAGACAUCCGGGGAACGUCCUGAUCACUUUCAAUGUAGAGGAGCAUCAGCUCUACUCCAAGUCCCUCCUGGAUGUCUGCGCUCCUCACCUGAUCACCAGACAUCCUGCUUGUAUUUGUGAUCUUGUUUUAUUACCCAAAACUCACUAUCUUUGGUGAAGACCGGAAGAUAGAUUGACCAGCUCAGUGGCCUAGUGGUAGAGUGUCCGCCCUGAGACUGGGAGAUCAGGGUUCAAUUCCUGGUCGGGUCAUAUCAAAGACUUAGAAAAAAAUGGGACCCAAUGCCUCCCUGCUUGACACUCAGCAUUAAGGGGUUGGAUUGGGGGGUUAAACCACCAAAUAGUUCCCGAGCGCGGCUGUGUCUGCAGCUCACCGCUCCCCCAGGGGAUGGGUCAAAUGCGGAGAACAAACUUCGCACACACACCUGUGAUACUAAUGGGACUUUAACUUUAGCCUCUUGUUCUGGCUUAGCUCUCUCCUAGCCAACGUCUCCAGCGAGAGGUUGCAAUUUGGCAAAACCAAGAGGAUCACAUCAUCUGCAAUCAGUUGAGACGAGAACCUCCCACCACCAAACUCAAGCGUUUGGAGGAGUCCAACUGUCACUGGGAACAGGCCGGACACAAGAAGCACCUUCAUAAAACAGGAACGCACAUGCUCGUUCUUGUUGGGAGUCUUUCUACCAUGAUUCCCAACUUAACGCACCUACCGUACAACAACUUAGCAUGCUAGCUAAAAUAAAGUGGUGUUUUUAUGGUGAAAACUGAAGCAGUUUUUAGUUUUCUGGGUUUGUUACCAUUGUUAAAAUCACAGCAGCUCAGUGCCACCAACAAUCUGGGAAAGCCUCUCGAACAACCGGUCAAAACAGAAACUCCCCCUUGCUCUCUGGGGCCAGUUUGGUGGAAGGGUUACGAACGGGACAUGCCUGGAUGAGGAUUUUCAGGAUUGUACUUUUCAGAGGCGAUUUAAAUUCAUCUUUUUUUUUUUGACAAAACACUUAACUUAUUGGUUGCCAUCAAUAUGUGACGAGCAUUUCAAGCAAUUUGGUAAAGAAUGCUCCAGAAACACAUCUCCUAAUGCACCUUUACGUUUAGGUAAUGGUCUUAAUGCUUGUAUUUUACUGAGACCGAACCCCAAAUCUUGUUACAAGUUAUUGAAUUAGCUUCAAACCACAAGCGGAGACACAACGUCUGUAAAGAAACAGCAGGACCCUUUAAACUAGAGAAUUGAUUUUUUAUUGAUGUCAACAAAUCCCAUCAAAGGCGCAGAAUUUCAUUUCUUUAAAUAAAUCAGGCACUAAAACAGCUGGGCUCUUUUAGCGAACCCUUUACUAUGUUCAGCUGCAGAUAAAUACAUGUUCGAUGUUCUGGAGAGUUUUUUUUUUUUACAGCGGCAGGAUGAUGGAUAUGGGACUGACCGUCAAUAAAAUUAGGCCUUCAUCUUAAUGGGAAAACAUGACCAGUGCAAUGUGUGGCUUAUUAAUCUGUUUCUAAUCAUUUUAUGACAGCAGAAGGAAAAUAAAUGUCAGGCUUUGGCUGCACGGGCUGUUACUAAUUCUUUUAUUUGAUUGAUAGAUUUCUCUUUGGUUUUUGUGGGAUUUGAUGAUGAGCAGGAAAAUGUGCAAUGCCGUUUUUCUUUUAAAAACCAUUACGAUUUUUUAAUUUAAAGGGAUAAAAAUGUACAUUCCUGAUGAGUAGUGACAGAUUCCUGUGUUUUAUGAGUGGGAGCUGCUUCUUAGAGUGAAAAGUCCUUCUUUGUGCCUCUCAAUCCGCUGUCUUUCUGUCUUUUCCUCUUUCAAGUCGACAGUACAAGCAGGUAGAAGGUAAACUUCCUGCCAGAGGGUUUGUAAAAGGUUCUUCUCCUUUGAGCACAUGCUGACACCCACAUCUGUACAGAGCACCUCUCACUGAGAGAAUAAAGGAUUCUUUUCUUUUUUUUCUAC